AUGGAUGAAUCAAUUUUAAACCAUUUAUUCCUUCCGCAUCAUCUACCAGGUUCAGCUAAUGAAGAUUUUUUGAUUAAAGGCAAACACGAGAAUGAAUACAAACUACUUGAAUGUCUCGAUAAAUAUUUCAACUUGGUCACUCCUGCUCAUGUGCCGAUUACUUUACCCGUUUUUCGUGUUUUCCAUGAUAUCAUCAAACGUUGGGUUGUGCUUCAAAAUCCUCAAAAUCUGUCGGUACAAGAUAUACAAACCACUCUUGAAAAACUAUCAGCUGGAACACUUCUUCCACUUUAUUUUCACGCGCAAAAUGCUGCAAUUCUUAUCGAAAUCGAUGAAAUGAAUCAGCCGAUAGUUUCAGCAUGGGAAGUUGAGGGGUGUCCAAGGUACCGUACUUUAGGAAUUCCUAGAGUUCCUAAAAAAUACAGCAAAAACUAA